UGCUGCUUUAACUGAAGGCUGACACUUUUUUCUGUGCAAAUAUUUUCAAAACAGUCGGGCUUGCGGCUGAGCGGCAGAGGGACACGGAAAGAAAAGUGCUAGGAAGAGUGACUAUUGGCAGAGACAACACUAGGGUGAGACUAGGGGCAAAAGUGGAAGGACAUAAGGCAGCAAGUCCUUGCGGGAUGGUACUUCACCUGGGAUAUGUCUGAAGAGGAAUCCCUUGGCAAGUUCCCUCAGACAGACACUGAAGUGUUGGACAACCAUCCCUUGGAAAUAAUGACAAACAGUACAGUCAACUGGUUUUUAGUUGGGGCCUACAGUUUCGUUUUCAUUGUGGGCCUUAUUUUGAACCUCAUUGCCCUUAUUAUUUUCUGCUGUUCCAUCAAAUCACGCUCCACGGUGACUGUCUAUAUGGUUAACUUGGUUUUUGCUGACCUGUUAUUGUUGAUCAGCCUUCCUCUUCGCAUCUACUUCUAUGCUGGGGGUUUUUUAAUAGAGAGUAUCUGUAUAGCCGUGGGUAUGUUCAUGUUCAUCAACAUGUAUGGAAGCAUCUUUCUACUUGCUUGCAUAAACUGUGAUCGCUUCCUGGCAAUUUGCUUUCCCAUGAACAUGAGAAUCAAGGAAGUACGCAAGAAGGCUUCUUUAUUCUGUGUAGGAGCAUGGAUUCUAGCCGUUGGUCCCAGUAUUGUAGUCAAAAUGAACAACAAGAAUGCAACCAACGAGUGCUUUAACAACAAACCAAUCUUCGCCACCCAGACUGGUGCUGUUGUCAGCACCAUGAUUGUGGGAUUUGGAAUUCCUUUACUCUCCAUGAUUAUCUGCUCCAUUGCCAUUGUGAAGGCUCUUGCCAAAAGCAUGGCCGUUCAUACAGAACUUGUGAAUAAGAAGAAAAUCCAUCGGAUGCUUGUGGUCAAUAUCACUUUGUUUCUGCUCUGCUUCCUCCCCUACCACACUAUGCUGUUGUUUUUGUACAAGUCUAAUCUUGAUGAAAAAAUGAAACCGUAUUAUCAAAUUUCUCUGCUAUUGGCUUGUACAAACACAAUGUUGGACCCGAUUAUAUAUUACUUUGUUACAAAAACAUUCAAGGAAUCUUUGAGCAUGAAACCUUUGAGAAGAAGAAUGUGUGCUUUCAACAGCAGCAGCUCAGACGAGACCAACCACUUCAAAAUGCCACUCAAUACCUGAGGGCCGAAUUUCUCUUUAAACCUACCCACUUCUUCAGAGUUUUUAUGCUUUAAGGCUGGAUUGUAAUGUAACCUGAUGGAUGCAUUUGUUUCAGAAUGUUGGGAAAAUCAUCUGGAGACUAACGUCUGCUCGACAAUCUUUGCUCUCAGGCUUGGGAGCUCUCAACCCCAAACCUUAGUCUCUGAAAUUUGGGCAUAUUUGUAGCUGAGCUUGCCACAUUUACACUUACUGUCCUGCACUUUGCCAAUUCAAUGAACAGCAAUGCCAUUUUAAAGUUAAAUGUAGCAUAAUGGGCAGACAAGUCAAACAACUCUAGAAACACUUGGUUGUAUCAAUCAUUUAUACUGUUGUACAACUUCUUUCACUAAUUCUUACAGCAUGUGGGUGUUAUUGAUCCUUCUAAAUAUAGAGCGAUGAAUUCUUCAUUAUCUUGUUUUUCUCUCUUAUCUCACCCUGUGCCUACUUUUCUGCUUAAGCCCCAAGUACAUCACCAUCAUAGGUUCCUCUCCAUCAGUUGUCCUUCUCCCUGGUAUUUUUCAUAUCCCAGUGCUGUUCUCUGUCCAUGGACACUUUUUUUGUCUUGUUUAUUCUGUGCCACUGGCAUUUUAAGACUAUUUCAUGGCCAUUCUAUUUCUUUUAACCCCUUAUUCCCUCAGUCGAUGACCUAUUAAACCUGAACACUCUUUCCACUACAUUCCUUUAUAUCCAUACUUUGCCACAUUUACCCUGUGCCCUAAGAUUUGCCUGAUUUUAUUUGGUCUUCUGUUUGAUAACAAGGAACACUCGACCGAAGAAGAGCCUUCAGGGCACCUUUUGUUAGUAGUGUUUAAAGCACCAAAUGGAAGCCUUAUUAUUCUUACCUGAUCACACAGUGUUCCCAAAAUCAUAUUGAGGUGGAGAAAGAAAAUGAACACGUUGGUGUAUCUUAUGCCAUGGAUACCUAGGAUUCAUCCCCAUUACUUUUAGGCCACCCUUAUGAUAUCCGAUUCUGACUUUUCUGACAUAGACUAUGUUUGUAAACAUCUGCUAUCCAGUUUUAAUGUAUUUGAUUCAGUACUGAAUCUGAUUAAACUCCAAUCACCCACAGACAAUUUGAGUAUAAGCAGUCAGAUGUUCACUCAAUGCAACAGUGUAUCAUCAUGUGACACAUUAACACAAUUAUGGCAGACACAGUGACUGCUUAGUAGUGCAGGAAGGAAUUAUAUUCUUAAUAAAUUUAUGUUAUUUUGAAAAUGACCUUUGCUUCUAAAAUAUAGAAAAAUGAACAGCAUCAGUACUGUAGAAAAGAAAACAUGCAUGGGUCCAUGUUUACAUCACAUCUGUAUCAGUCUGUCAUAAAGCAUGUGAGGUGCAGACAUUCCACAGAAUAUGAAUGCAUCUGCAAAUUCUCAGGCCUCUUGUAAACUGUGUAAUGUAAGCACCACAGAUGUCAGCUUACGUCACCCACUGUAAUUCAAGUAUUGACACAAGUUUGCAUCACUUUUUAAAAUUGUCAUGUGGACACUGAUAAUUAGAAUAAAACACAUGCCUUUUCUGUCCAUAAUCUUCUCCCAUUCCUAGUAAGUUUACAAAUUUUUCAAAAAUCUAACUUGGUUGCCAGAAGUUAAGCUAUAAAUAGUUGAUCCAAGCAUUGACACGUGACCACCAUUUAAUACCCAUAAAAUCAUGUUGCUGUUUGUUUGAUAUUUCUAAAGAGGUUCCCCUCCCAUCACCAUCUCUAAGUACUGCCAGUACUAACUUUGUCACUGUUUGCUUUUUUUGAGUAAAAACUUAAGUGGUAUGUCAGUCGCACAAAUCCAUACCCAAAUUCUGACCAUCUCAGAAAAUUGUAACACACUUUAGCGAGCUGUUGUUUUAAAAAUAGCUGAUUCAUUGGCCAAAGCUAGGCAUGGGUCAAAUUUUCAUAGGCCACACCCAUUUUCUGGGUUCUUCAAAGAACCCUCCUUCCCCCCUCCUCUGAAAUUAUAGCUUUUAUAAGGCAAAGGCAGGCAGCACACUACACGACUUUCAGUUGGAAAAUGCUUUGGACUUAAUGACUGCAUCUGCUGGAUUUCAUUGUCCUGUAGAUAUCAGAUUUAUGACUGCCUUAUAACCUUUCAUUACAGUUUUAAAUUUCCAAAGUAUCACCAGUUUUGACAGCCAGGUGACAUGCUACUUGACAGCGUUGGCGGCUGUAUAAAUAAUUAGUUAUGGUUUGUACCCAUCUUCUUUCUUUUUCCAGUCUUUUGUGGUAUGAAAAAUAUAACACAUUGAACAGAUAAGUCUCUCUUCUAUUCUUGCAUUCCAAAACACCCAUUUUUUCUCUUUUCCUUGAAUCUGUCUUCUAUACCUUGUAGUUGCACACACCUGUCACACCCUCAUGACUUAAGACAUUUUUUUGAUUUUGUCAUGGCUCAUUGCAGAAAUCUGUGACUGAGUCUGUGUUCUGUGUCUGGUGUUCAUGGGCACAAGUGGCAGCUGUCCCAACUCAGGUUAUGUAAAUAAAGACUACAACUGAAAAUUUCUGGAAAAAUUGGAUAGUGAAAUAUGGGCCAACAUUUCAACUUGUGGAAAAGAUGUGGAUGGUAUGUAGUUUGCCUAAAGGCCUCCAUUUUCUUCCUGACGUCUAAAAGUAGGAACCCCCACAUGACCAAUGCAACUGUAGCAUGUUUUUAGUAAGACUGUUUAAAUAAAAAGCAGUUUCUGAGAAGCUGGCUUGUGGGUAAAGAGAUGGUCAGUAUGAAAAAAGUCAACCCUAUUUUCUUUUCAAAAUUUAAAAAUGUUUUAUUUCUAAAAGCAAAAAUGUAUUUAAAUAUUGGUAUUAAUAUUGAUGUAUAGUAUUAGUAAAGCUUUUUUUUCUUA